CGGAUCGUACGACGAGCUCCUGGCGGAUCCGGACAUCGACGCCGUGUACGUGGGCCUGCCCAACGGGCUGCACGGGCAGUGGAGCCAGGCGGCGCUGCGGGCGGGCAAGCACGUGCUGUGCGAGAAGCCCUUCACGGCCAACGAGGAGGAGGCAAGGGAGGUCCAGUCCCUGGCCCGACAGCGCGGGCUGCUGUGUCGCGAGGCCUUCCACUACCGCGAGCACCCGCUGCUGCAGCACCUGCAGCACACACUCACCGGGCAGCAGCGGCCGCAGCAGGGGAAGCAGCAGCAGGGGGGUGGUGCGGAUGCGGAUGUAGCUGUUGGGUCGGGCGGUGCGCUGGGGCCGCUGCGGUCCAUCGAGGUGGCGGUGCUCAUCCCCAGCUGGGUGUUCGGGGGGGCCAACAUCAGGUGGCAGGAGACGCUGGCAGGCGGCGCCGCCAUGGACGCGGGCUGCUACUGCCUGCACGCCAUCCGCAGCCUGGUGGGCGGGCAGCCGGGGGUGGAGGCAGCGGAGGCGGUGCUGGCGCCGCACUCGCGGCUGGUGGACGCCUCCAUGCGCGGCCAGCUGCGGUGGCGGGGCGACCCGGCUCGCAGCGGCGUGCGUGCGGCCUUCCGCGCCUCGCUACAGCACGGGGGGCUGCUGCCGGUGUCAACCAUCGACGUGACGGGGGAGAGGGGCAGCCUGCACUGCUCCAACUUCAUCAUGCCCGUCUUCGGCAACGUGGUCCGCAUGACAACCACCACAACCGCCACAACCGCCACAACGGGCCCCGACGGAUCCAUCACCGUACAACAACCCCCCCGUACGACCACCACCACCACCCGAGUGUACGGCAGUGGGGAGAGCACCUACUUCUACCAGCUAGAUCGCUUUGUACGGGAUGUGCGAACACUGCAAGAGGCGGCGGACCGCGGGGAUAAGGGCUCCCUCCUCUCCGCCGCCCGCUCCCUGUCCGAGGCCGACACCGCGGACUGCGUUGCCAACAUGGCGCUGCUGGAUGCGGUGUACGGCGCGGCGGGGUUGGCGCGCAGACUGCCCACUGGGGUGGCAGCGGG